AUUGCCUUUACCAAUAGAAUUAGAGGGGCUGCAAAGCCCGGAUGGGUAUUGCCGUAGAUUCGAAUUCACAGUUUCUGCUAAUUUAGCCUGAUACGAACGCGAAGUCAAGUGAUUCUAAUCAGUGUAAAUCUAGUCACGGCCACUGGUUUCGGAUAUUUUUUACUAAGAGAUUAAAACAAAUGAAAAUCCAAACCUGAUUCAAAUUAAAUGUUCGAUCGGAUGUUUUCAAUUUGCCCCUAUUUUCCGUUUAGUUGUUUUCCUCUAGAUUUUAGAUUGUGGCAUAUAGGUACGGUUUUAAUACCUUUUGUUAGCUAUUUAAUUAAACUUUGUAUGUGAAAUGAAAACUUUGGAUUAAUUUAUUCUUUUAAAACUCACGCGCACGCGAGUUGUUAUAUUGAGUGCGCAAUUUCUGAAUAACUCACUUAAUAUUCCUCUCACAGUCAUUGAAUUUUAUGUGAAUGUGCAAGCAGCAAACCAUCAGCUCGAAGCUAUUUGCAUCAUGUAGUUAGCUGAGGGCUUAUGUAUACACGAUAUAGCCGUGAAUAUUGUAACGCGGUAAUCGACGUAUGAGCACAGCCCAUCGAUGGCGGCAAGCUCUCGCAGUGCAUAAAUAGUGAUGUGAAGCGUCGGCGCACCGAGUAAUUCGAAUAAAUACCUCGAUACAAUCGGCUCACCGUUUAACGCGAGAGCCUUUUCCGCGCCGCGGUGAGCCGUUUAGCGAAUUUCAAUAGUUAUCACGCGGAGAAAAACUCACUCGGCGAGAGGGACGGGCGCGAGCUCCGAGGCCAGCGCGAGCGGGACGGACUUAAUAAGAAAGAAAUAAUAAAAAAGCGGUUGUGUGUGCGUGGUCGGAGUGUGGUGGCAUAGGGCGGCGAUGCAGGCCCCUCCCUGUGGCGCGCCGCCUGCCGCCUGCCGCCUGCCUCAGUCGAGUCGACAACGCGCCGAGCCGCACCGGUCCGCUCUACCCGCGUCCAGAGCGCGCGUAAAAAGUUUCAACACACUCUACGAAACUUGCACACCGCGAUUACGAUACCGAACUUAGUAGCGAUCAUUCAUUCUUGCGUUGUUCUGUAGUAGACUAGCUGACAAGUUUGUGUUUUUGAUUUUAUUCGAAAAUUCUGUGAUUUUGCCUGCAUUCCUGUAAAAAUACUUUAUCUUUGAAGUUUUACUCGAACUUCAAAUAUUUUUUGACGAUCGAUUAUUUAUUUUGGAGUUAAUUUGGACGAUAUUCGUAGAAUCAGCAUUAGAAGUGGCAACUGCGAUAAAAUUUUUAGUUGAAAGUUGCAAAGAUUAUGUACUGGAACAUCGAUGGGAUGUUCGGACGGUGACGUCGAGUGGUCAGCUGUAGGCAGGCUGGGCUCGCAGGCGGUCAACUUGAUGCUGCUGCAGGGAGAGGGCCGCGAGCGGCAGGGGCCCGCCAUGGAGGAGGACUGCUCCGCGCGCCCCUGCGCCACCGACUUCUCCAUCGCUGCCAUCAUGGCCAGGGACCGGCAGGAGAGGAGAGAGAGGCGAAGACACAGAGACCCUAGAGAAGACACACUUAUGCCUUUAGAAAAGUUUGUGGACGCGACAGCUUCUGCCUCGGGCUCCCCGUCCCCGCCUCUCGCAGAGUUCGAGCGAGAUUCUCCCGUAGAUGUGUCGUCGACGUCAGAAGCAGGGUCCGCCAGCGGAGCCCCGAGUGGCUCCCGGCCUCUAUCGCCACCUCCCAGGAACCCACAGCUCGUGGAGCGAUGGUCCAGCGAGGAGAUGCGACACAUACAGUGCCACCUCGAAACUAAAGAACUAUGGGACAAGUUUAACGAAUUAGGAACAGAAAUGAUCAUCACUAAGACUGGAAGACGCAUGUUCCCGACGGUGCGCGUAUCGUUCGCGGGGUGCCGCGCGGACGCGCGCUACGCCGUGCUGCUGGACGUGGUGCCGGUGGACGGCAAGCGGUACCGCUACGCGUACCACCGCUCGUCCUGGCUGGUGGCCGGCAAGGCGGACCCGCCAGCACCCGCGCGCCUCUACCCGCACCCUGACUCGCCCUUCUCCGGCGACCAGCUGCGCAAGCAGGUCGUCUCCUUCGAGAAGGUCAAGCUCACCAACAAUGAAAUGGACAAGAAUGGACAGCUGGUCCUGAACUCCAUGCACAAAUACCAGCCGCGCAUUCACCUGGUGUUGCGGCGAGAAGGAGCCGUCAAUGCGCCCAUCACGGACUUAGAACAAGAAGAAUUCAAGACGUUCAUAUUCCCCGAGUGCGUGUUCACUGCCGUCACCGCGUAUCAGAAUCAACUUAUCACGAAACUAAAAAUCGACAGUAAUCCAUUCGCUAAGGGAUUCCGUGACUCUUCACGUCUCACCGAGUUCGAGAGAUACUAUAUCACGGGGGAGCACGAAAGAACAUCAGUCUUCCCCGACGACGCGCGCUACAGCGCCGCCAGUCAUAGGGAGACCAUGGAGUCGAUGUUGGCAGAACAACACUUCCUACGUUCACCACUCCGACCGUUUGAUCUGGAUCAACAUAAUAACAACUUAACGCUGGAGGAGAAGGCGAUACUGGCAGCACGGUCACAACUGUUCCUGCGUGCAGCGUACCCGCUGUACGGCGUGCCGGCCGCGGCGCUGUGGGGGCAAUGGGCGUGUCUGGCGCCACAGUUGCUGGCACAACAGCAUCUCGCAGCCUCUGGGUCCGGCCUGCAGCUGCCACGGCCGGUGUACCCGGGAGCGUUGGGUGCGGGUGGCGCGGGUCCGCAGCCGCUGGCUCAGCACCGAUUCUCGCCUUACCCUGCUCGGCGUGCCUCACCAGGGUCCUCACCAGACUCGCUGCGUGACGCCAGCCCGCACCCCUCGCCGCUGCACCCACCGCAUACCCCGCACACCCCGCACGCGCCGCACCCGCCUCACAGCCCCACUUAGUGAUAAAACGCCGAAUAAAAACCUCCCCGAGAUCUCCCUGUAAUAAUAUGCGAUAUUGUAUGAGAGUCUUUAUAUGGAAUGUUUCUGAGAAAACACAAAAGGAAAUUUGAAGUGCGUCGGUGUUUCGCUGGGAAACGAGAUGGCAUCGUGAACUUCGAUAAUUUUAUGCGCCGAGAAGUGAAUAAACUGAGUGCGAGUGCGUGGAGAACAUUUCGAAGUGCGGCCUGAAACGUCCGAGUAGGAACACCGCGCACCGCGCGCUCUGAAACUGUCGUUACUCAGACUGUGAACUUGUAUUAUAUUGUAAAAUAUUAUUUAAUUGUACUUUAAAUCUGUAAUUAUUGUUAUAUGUUCCUAAUAGUUUCGUCUCGUAGUGAUGGUUUCCGCUAAAUUCAUGUUAUAGCAAAUUAGAGAAUCUCGCAAAAACUAAGCAUUUGAUUGCCGUGUACAUUUCGUUUGAUUUAUUUUGUAACUGCAGAGGUUUAAUAUUGUGCGAGUAUUACAGUAUGAGCUGUUGAUGUCGUGGACGUUGGUAUCUCAAUAUUAGUGGCACUCGACACUACUUGGCUGAUUUCAUCUUGUUUAGGUAAAAUGUGCAAUACAAGAGAAUUAAAAAUUGUUUUAGUGAAACUUAGAAGUUUAGUAAGAUAUAGAUGUAUCGAUAAAUAAUUAAAUAGUAGAAAUUAUAUUGCUGUCUAUGUUUACAUUAAUUGCUGCAUCCAAACUACAAGCGGAUGUAUAGAUGUACCUACACGGUUACUUUGUAGUUAAAUUAUAGUUAUUAAAAAUAAUAUAUUGCUAAAGAAAACAAUUAAAUGUUUGUUAACAUAUA